UGUUGUGUGUGUGUCUGUGUGUGUGUGUGUGUGUGUGUGUGAUUUCAGUAACAGCCAUUAGGUCUGAUCAACUCAUUUACUAGAGGAGCUCUUAUUGUUCUGGUUUCUCGUGUUUUACAGUAUUACAGUUGUGUUUAUAAAUGUCAGUAAAGCUGCACUGAUGACUAAUAUAUUUACUACAGUACUUACUGCACAGAGGUGUGUGUGUGUGUGUGUGUGUGUGUGUGUGUGUGUGUGUGUGUGUGUGUGUGUGUGUGUGUGUGUGUGUGUGUGUGUGUGUGGUGUUUCUGACCACAGAGACCCUGUGUGUGUACUACAGUACCGUCACUCGCUCAGUGUUGGGCGGAUCAGCUCAUAGUCACUGUAUUGAUCUGUGCUGGAGACUCUCCUGCCUCUGCUCAGGUACACACUCACCUGUACUGUGUGUUCAGCAUCGCGUCGUGCUGCUUUUAUAUUAUUAUUUUACUGACGGAAUAAAUUUACAAUGAUCUGUUGUUUACUGUAUAAAUGUUGUGUAAUCUCUGUUGGAUCGACGCUGUACGCUGCGAUUGUAUUCCCGCGGGCUCGCGCUUUCCUCGUGCACACGCUCAGAUGCGCGCACACGCUGUAGAGGGAGAGACGCACGCGGAGACGCGAAUCAAACAUCGCGAAAGUGGAUUAAAUGUACUGUAAAACUUGUAGGAAUAAUUCCCUGUGCGCGUAAAACACAAGAGACGACCAAACUCGAGCUCCUCCAGAGACAGGCGGGAGUUUCCCCAGCUCAGCUGCAGACACACACGGUGAGUUCACUUCACCUGAGCAGCUUCAUCGGCUCUCUCCGUCUUCAAGACGCUGCUUUUGGCUUUCACUCCUUCAUUCUGAAGGCUCUGUUUGUCUUUGUGUCCUUGAGAGUUUGUUUGACUCACCUGUAGCUGCAGGUGAAGUGAGUUAAUGAAUGAUGGACGGGAACAUAAUGAACUGAGGAAAGCGCUGUUCUGUGUGCACUCAUGAACGCGCAUAUUGAUAACUCGCUUAUUGAUCGAUAUUCGGUGUUUUACCCGUGUGAGGUCAGACUCCGCGAUAUCACAGUGCAAAGUCCGGCUUCAUGAUGUCCACUCAUCCUCCACGGGCUCCUCUGAGGCUCUCAGCUCGGGUUACCUGUAAUUUCCCUCCUGCAGUGUUCAUAUGUAGGGGGCUUCAGAGAGAGAGAGAGAGAGAGACCUUCUACAGGUAACCUCAGGUGUGUUUAUUCACCGCGGAGUUUCUCUGAGUUUACUGUAGGGUCUGGAGCGGGCUGGGAUGUUGGACUGGAUGCGGUGAUCCAGCAGGUGGCGCUAGAGUUCCGCUUCUGCUCUCAUACUGAAGGGCGCGCACGUGCGUGUGUGUGUGCGUGUGCGUGUGUGUGUGUGUGUGUGUGUGUGAUGGGGAUGAGAGUGUAACUGUAGUAAUGGCUGCUGUAUCAUGAGGGUCAGUGCUAAUAUAAAUGGCGACCUGUAAGUAAAACAUUGGAGAAAUGUUCAGCACUGAAGCUGCCCUGACCGCUGAGAUGUUGGCUGAGCUCCAGCAUGCAGUUAGAUGUGUUCAAUAUGCAUGAAGUACACAUAUAUUACAUUAUAUUAUAUGUGAUAUAUCCGCUUUGUUGAGUAGUGUUGUGCCUCUUCAUCAGCUGCAUCAUCACUGCACAGGAGUACUGCUGUUUGUUCCAGAACUGACGAGAGCGUCUCAUCACAGCAAGCGGAGUACUGCAGCGGUGCGCUGAGGGAGCUGAUGUUAGGUGGAGAUGAAGCCGGCUUAUUCUGCGUCCUCAUUGGCUGAUUCUUGCGCUGGUUUUAGGCAGAAGCUCUCUUCAGUCGGACUCGUGGUUUCUGGAGCGACGCUGCAGCUCAUCAUGCCUCUGGUUCAGGAGAGUUCAGACAUCUGCAGUCCUCCCUCAGUAGGGGGCGCCGUGCUCCUCUGCGGGUUGAUCUGGAGCGGUCCACCGUGUGCUGGAGGCUCCGCAGGGUGUGUUCAUGGGGAUUCCUGAACAUUCUGCUAAAGUGCUGCCGUGAGGCUCUGAUGCUGGAGGAAGCCAGCUCUGCGGGUGGAGGUCAGGGCUCUGUGCAGGCCACUCCUCAUCCAUUGGAGAAGCAGCACAUUGAGUUCUGCAGCGCUUUACACUGUGCAGAAGCGGGUCAGGUGUACACCGAGCUGAAGCUCCAGCAGAACACACCCUGGAGAACCAGACCCAGCAGCAGAACCAGACCCAGCAGCAGAACCAGACCCAGCAGCAGAACCAGACCCAGCAGCAGCAGAGCACCAUUACAGCUGUAGGAGAGCCGUGUGUGUGUGUGUGUGUGUGUGUGUGUGUUUCACUUCCAUGAUCCCUCCACCAGUCCGGCGCAGCGGCUGACGGUCAGACAGGAAGUGCUAGCGCUGCUGGUGUGUGUGUUUAGUGAAGCUGGUCUAGUCAUGGAGUGGGAUUAUUACGUGCCCGUUCACCUGCUGGAACUGUCGUUGAUGAGUUCUCCCAGUCUGAAUGAUUCGGGUCGGUCCGAGAGAUCAGCGCUGGACGACAGGAACAACCAGCAGCAGCAGAGAGCGGGAACCAACGCCACCUGGAACAGCAUCCACAAUGCGGUGAUCUCGGUGUUCCAGCGCAGGGAUCUGGCACAGAAUGAGCUGUAUGUGCUGAAUGAAGGCGUCAGGCAGCUCCUGAAGACAGAGUUGGGCUCAUUCUUCACAGAGUAUCUGCAGAAUCAGCUGCUGACCAAGGGAAUGGUGAUUCUGAGAGAUAAGAUCCGCUUUUAUGAAGGUCAGAAGCUGUUGGAUUCUCUGGCAGAAACCUGGGAUUUCUUCUUCUGUGAUGUUCUGUCCACUCUGCAGGCCAUCUUCUACCCUGUGCAGGGUAAGGAGCCGUCGGUGCGUCAGCUGGCUCUCCUGCACUUCAGGAACAUCAUCACCCUCAACAUGAAGCUGGAGGAGGCUUUGAGCCGGCCGCGUGCACGCAUACCACCCUCCAUUACACAGAUGCUGCUGGUGCUGCAGGGUGUGCACGAGUGUAAAGGUGUGAGCGGAGAUUACCUGAAGCUGGAGGCGCUGCUGCAGAGGGUGGUGUCACCAUACCUGAGCACACACGGACUCUACUGCAGCGACGGCACGCUCACACACUGCUGCUGCGUACUGGAGAAGCGUCUGCUACUCCACCGGCCCCGCGGAAGCCCCGCUCCAGCUAAACACCCAGUGGUUCGCUCUCAGAGUUAUAACGUGCCGCUGCUGACUCCGGUGGCGGAGUACGAGUGUGAGAGCAGCACAGGGGCGAGUGUGUGUGUGCGACGUCACUCCGUCUGCCAGAUGACAUCCUGCGCGGAGGAGCCAGUUGAAGUGUGUGAGGAUGAGCUCCUCCCGGCUCCAUCUCCACCAUUACUUCCACAGCGUGGCCCCAGGGGCGCCUCCUACAGCCCGGAGCCCACAGCGGAGCAGACCCUGGAGGCCCCGGAUUCUGACAUGGAAGGAAUCUUCAUCGACUUCAAACGGUGCUCUGGCUCACCUGAGGACAGUGAGGGGGGCGAGAGUGUGGCCUGACUCACUGACCCACCCUGACCAGGAGCCCACUGUCUCUCCCUACCCCCCUUGACAACACUGUCUCCCCCUAACCCCACUGACAACACUGUCUCCCCCUAACCCCACUGACAACACUGUCUCCCCCUAACCCCACUGACAACACUGUCUCCCCCUAACCCCACUGACAACACUGUCUCCCCCUAACCCCACUGACAACACUGUCUCCCCCUAACCCCACUGACAACACUGUCUCCCCCUAACCCCACUGACAACACUGUCUCCCCCUAACCCCACUGACAACACUGUCUCCCCCUAACCCCAUUGACUCCCCCUACCCCCCCUUGACAACACUGUCUCCCCUACCCCCACUGACAACAUUGUCUCCCCCUACCCCCACUGACAACACUGUCUCCCCUACCCCCACUGACAACAUUGUCUCCCCCUACCCCCACUGACAACACUGUCUCCCCCUAACCCCAUUGACUCCCCCUACCCCCCCACUGACAACACUGUCUCCCCCUACCCCCACUGACAACAUUGUCUCCCCCUACCCCCACUGACAACACUGUCUCCCCCUAACCCCAUUGACUCCCCCUACCCCCCCACUGACAACACUGUCUCCCCCUACCCCCACUGACAACACUGUCUCCCCCUACCCCCACUGACAACAUUGACUCCCCCUACCCCCACUGACAACAUUGUCUCCCCCUACCCCCACUGACAACACUGUCUCCCCCUAACCCCAUUGACUCCCCCUACCCCCCCUUGACAACACUGUCUCCCCCUACCCCCAGUGAAAACAUUGUCUCCCCCUACCCCCAUUGACUGAACCCCACUGUCCCCAUUGAUCCCUAGAGCCUCACUGACCAAUCUCAUUCCAACUGUCCUCCCACCCCCGCUGACACCCCCACACCCCGAAUGAUCCUCCUUACCCCAACUGAACCCCUGAAGACCCAUUGACCCUCCCACCUUUUCUAGACCCACUAGCCCCUGCUGACACCACUAACCCCUGAGAGCGCCCCCUAGACUGCACUGCCUGUCCCUCAGGGCUCCUGGUGUCAUUUUUGCACAGAGUCUGAUUGAACACACUGAAGUAUCUGAGCGCAGAACUGCAGCAUCCUCCUCAGAUGAUGAACACUCCUCAUUGGCUGUUGUAGCGGGUUUAGAUUGAGUUAUUUUCCUCUGGUAUUACUGCGGCUGAAUUAUUUUACUGUGGUAUUACUGCGGCUGGAUGGCAGUAAAUGCAGAACAGCACACAGCGGCACACUGAUCAGGGAGGGGGGAGGGAGGGGGGGGGGUCUGUGAUUACAUCUCCUGUUUCAGAAGAGUGACGUCAAGUGUUGCCCAACUGAAUUGGGGGUAUGUUGAGGUACGGUUAACUGUCAUCCAAUCAGAUCGCUUUAUGCAAAUACUAGUACAGGAGCUAGCCAAUCACAUUUGAGCAGCAGCAGAGAGUAGCAGCAUGGUAAUCUCCUGACCAGCCUUUAUGUACAUCUGUACACACCGCUGCUGCUGCUGCACCCGUGUGUGUCGCGGUCCAGGCCGGACGUGAUUGGCUGUCAUCACUAUGGUGACGGUGUCAGUAAUGACACACACACACAGGAGAGCAGCAGAGGCGAGUGUGUGGCUGUGCUGGGAGACGCCGCUGACACCACUGCUCUGGAGGAACACACACACACACACACACACACACACACACCACUCGUCACACAUCAGGACUGCUCAAACACAUGACGAGUCUUCAUCAUCAUCAUCAUCAGAGGAAUGCGAGACUGUGAUGUGUGUGUGUGUGUGUGUGUGUGUGACUGACCUGCGCUGCUGUAGAGCUGAUGUCCAGCGUGAUCACUGCUCUCCUCUACUGAUGUGCAGAGAUGAACACUCAUGAGGAAAUAAAGCAAACCCUGACACAGAGGAGCUGAA